AUGGCGCCAAACAACUUUGCGCGUCGCCGAUACGCUCGAAUCACAGCUGGCAUUGUUCUUGCGAUGCUCGUCUGUCAAAAUGCGGCCAGCAUAUUGUUGCAGCACAAGGUGCAGAGCCGCCCGCAGGACAAUUCCGCUCGGUAUGAGCCUCUCAGUGCUGUUGUCCUUUCCGAGGCUUUGAAGUUGUUCAUCUCCCUCGGGGGUGCUGCUUGGGCUUACAACAAUACUGAAGACCGCUCGGCAAUUACUUCCGGGUUUUUAGAUUACGUGCGGAGCGGCCAUGACAACGCUGCCAUACCGGCUUUCCUCUACACGCUCUCGGCCACCAGCCAGAGUUUUGGGGCUUACCACCUCAGCAUUCUGCCGUACCUGAUGCUGUCGCAAGUGAAGCUCAUCCUGACACCUAUCUUCAGCAAAACCCUCCUGAAACAGACACUGCACCCUCAUCAAUGGGUGUGCCUGGUUAUCAUGGCAGCAGGAAUAGUCAUGGUACAGGUCGGUUCUCUACCGUCUUCAUUGAGCGAUGUCAACAGCAGUGACGCAGGCAAAGAUAGGGCCUUCGGGAUUGUCGCCAUGCUGGUGGCUGGUUGCUGUAGCGCUUUCGCGGGUGUCUAUAUGGAAGCUGUCCUGAAGUCCUCAGAUCGUAGUUUCAUGGUUCGCAACGCUCAGCUGGCGGCAUACGGCUGUUUAUGUGCACUCGGCGGCUUCUUGUGGCAGUCAGACUUUAGCGCCAAAGGUUUUUUCCUUGGUUACACGACGCUGGUCUGGGAUUUCGUUCUGCUGCAAGCCAUGGGAGGGUUUCUCGUCUCUUGGGCGGUCCGUGUAUCGAGCACCAUUGCCAAGAAUUAUGCCCAGAGUUUGGGUUUCCUGUCAGCCUCGACGAUUCCCUUACUCUCGUCACCUCACGCAUUGAGCUUUGAGUUGUACUCUGGUAUCGCAAUGGUUCUAGGAGGCGUAUUCGGAUCUCUCUGGAAGACCGAAAUGCCUGUUGAUUCCAAAGUAGACAGUGACGAAAGACCUAAAGAAGGAUCAAUAGUUUAA